ACGCUGCCGCUCACCAAUCCGUGUGUGGUUUGGAUCCGGACUCUAUUUCCCCGAAGGCCUUGCGGCCUGAGGCGACCUGUCGGGUCCUCGGCGUCUUGGCGGCAGUUGGUGGAGCCGGAGCUUCGAGUCCGUCCCCGGUGCUGCCUGCACGUUUACCGGAGUCUCGCCCGGAGCUGUUCUCGGCAGCUCACCUCAUCCCAACCCUCUCCCCACAGAAAGGGCGCCAACCCGAGCCCUGCCCUGAUCAGGCGUCCACCGAAGUCGGCACGCCCCUCUGCGUCUCCCUGCGGCACAGCAAGGACCCUGUCCGGGCUGCCGUCGCCUCGUCGCUAUGGCGCCCACCAUCCAGACCCAGGCCCAGCGGGAGGAUGGCCACAGGCCCAAUUCCCACCGGACUCUGCCUGAGAGGUCUGGAGUGGUCUGCCGAGUCAAGUACUGCAAUAGCCUCCCUGAUAUCCCCUUCGACCCCAAGUUCAUCACCUACCCCUUCGACCAGAACAGGUUCGUCCAGUACAAAGCCACUUCCUUGGAGAAACAACAUAAACAUGACCUUUUGACUGAGCCGGACCUGGGAGUCACCAUUGACCUCAUCAAUCCUGACACCUACCGAAUUGACCCCAAUGUUCUUCUAGAUCCAGCUGAUGAGAAGCUUUUGGAGGAGGAGAUUCAGGCCCCCACCAGCUCCAAGAGAUCACAGCAGCAUGCGAAAGUGGUACCAUGGAUGCGUAAGACAGAGUACAUCUCUACUGAGUUCAACCGUUAUGGCAUCUCCAAUGAGAAGCCUGAGGUCAAGAUUGGAGUUUCUGUGAAGCAGCAGUUUACUGAGGAAGAAAUAUACAAAGACAGAGAUAGCCAGAUAACAGCCAUUGAGAAGACUUUUGAAGAUGCCCAGAAAUCAAUCUCCCAGCAUUAUAGCAAGCCCCGAGUGACACCAGUGGAAGUCAUGCCUGUUUUCCCAGACUUUAAGAUGUGGAUCAACCCAUGUGCUCAGGUAAUCUUCGACUCCGACCCAGCCCCCAAGGACACGAGUGGCGCAGCUGCAUUGGAGAUGAUGUCUCAGGCCAUGAUUAGGGGCAUGAUGGAUGAGGAAGGGAACCAGUUUGUGGCCUAUUUCCUGCCUGUGGAAGAGACGUUGAAGAAACGAAAGCGGGACCAGGAGGAGGAGAUGGACUAUGCACCAGAUGAUGUGUAUGACUACAAGAUUGCUCGGGAGUAUAACUGGAAUGUGAAAAACAAAGCCAGCAAGGGCUAUGAGGAAAACUACUUCUUCAUCUUCCGAGAGGGUGAUGGGGUUUACUACAACGAAUUGGAAACCAGAGUCCGUCUUAGUAAGCGCCGGGCCAAGGCCGGAGUUCAGUCGGGUACCAACGCCCUGCUUGUGGUCAAACACCGGGACAUGAAUGAGAAGGAAUUAGAAGCUCAGGAGGCACGGAAGGCCCAGCUGGAAAACCACGAACCCGAGGAAGAAGAGGAAGAGGAGAUGGAGACAGAAGAGAAAGAAGCUGGGGGCUCAGAUGAAGAACGUGAGAAGGGCAGCAGCAGUGAGAAGGAAGGCAGCGAGGACGAGCGCUCAGGCAGUGAGAGUGAUCGGGAGGAGGGUGACAGGGAUGAGGCCAGUGACAAGAGUGGCAGCGGUGAGGACGAGAGCAGUGAGGAUGAGGCCCGGGCUGCCCGGGACAAAGAAGAGAUCUUCGGCAGUGAUGCUGAUUCAGAGGAUGAUGCUGACUCUGACGACGAGGACAGAGAACGAGCGCAAGGUGGCAGUGACAAUGAUUCAGACAGUGGCAGCGAUGGUGGUGGCCAGCGGAGCCGGAGUCGCAGCCGCAGUGCCAGUCCCUUCCCCAGUGGCAGCGAACACUCAGCCCAGGAGGAUGGCAGUGAAGCUGUAGCUUCUGAUUCCAGUGAAGCUGACAGCGACAGUGACUGAGUCCAAGGCUUUCAGGGCUGGUGCAGAUGCUGUUAUUGAGCAGGAAGGCACUUUUCUAGUGGUUUGUGAGCCCUUCACUCUGUUCAUCCCCACCCCAAACCUUUGCUGUUAAUAAAGCCAGCUUCUCUUUA